AUGCACCUUCAAAUUAUCCUCCUUGCUAUCACCUCCCUCUUUCUCGCAAUCACUGAAGGAGCCCCUCAGCCAUUCAACGAGGUAGAUGGCGAAACUGAAAUAGUAGUCAGUUUUUACCCUUCACAAAACUUCGACGACGUCAAUCAGCUACGGCCGGGUGUAUUUGCCGUUUUCCCCUUGAACAAGCAAACAAUAAUCACCAACGCCUUCGUGCAAAACGUCACGAAUGGAAAUAUGCGUUUCGUGGAUGCGAUCCCAUAA